CCUCGGGCUGGCUCGGCCCUCAGCUCCCGGCCGUCCGCCGCCGCUGGCCUGUCCAAAAUGGAGGGCUCUCCGCCGGCGCCGUUUGCCCUCCGGCUGCUCCUGCUCGCGGUGCUGCCGGCCGCCGGGUGGCUGAUGACGGUUACAAAUGAGCUGCCACAACCGCCCCAAGCCCUGAAGGACAGCAUCAGAAUUAAUGUAACCACCCUGAAGGAUGAUGGGGAGGUAUCUAAAGAACAGGUUGUUCUCAACAUAACCUAUGAGAGUGGACAGGUAUAUGUAAAUGACUUCCCUGUAAAUAGUGGUGUAACCCGAAUAAGCUGUCAGACUUUGAUAGUGAAAAAUGAAAAUCUGGAAAAUGUGGAGGAAAAAGAAUAUUUUGGAAUUGUCAGUGUAAGGAUUUUAGUUCAUGAGUGGCCUAUGACAUCUGGUUCCAGUUUGCAACUAAUUGUCAUUCAAGAAGAGGUAGUAGAGAUUGAUGGAAAACAGGCUCAACAAAAGGAUGUUACUGAAAUUGAUAUUUUAGUUAAGAACCAGGGACUACUCAGGCAUUCAAACUAUACCCUACCUUUGGAGGAAAGUAUGCUGUAUUCUAUUUCCCGAGACAGUGACAUUUUAUUUACCCUUCCCAACCUCUCCAAAAAAGUAGAAAGUGUCGGCUCGUCGCAGACCACCAGCGGGUGUCUGAUCAGGAACGUGGAAACCACUGUAGAUGAAGACGCUUUACCUGGCAAACUACCUGAGACCCCUCUCAGAGCAGAGCCACCGUCCUCCUAUAAGGUGAUGUGUCAGUGGAUGGAAAAGUUCAGGAAAGAUCUGUGUAGGUUCUGGAGCAGUGUUUUUCCAGUAUUCUUUAUGUUUCUCAACGUCAUGGUGGUUGGAAUUAUAGGAGCAGCUGUGGUAUUAACCAUCUUAAAGGUGCUCUUCCCAGUUUGUGAAUACAAAGGAAUUCUUCAAUUGGAUAAAGCAAAUGUUAUACCUGUCACGGCUAUCAACGUAUUUCCGGAUAAUCCUGAGAAAAGAGCAGAAAACUUUAAAGAUAAAGCAUGUGUUUAAAACACCGUCUCAGAUCAUGGACUCUGAAUUAGUCUUUUGGCUCUCAAUUUGCCCCUUGAAUAGAAUUUUCUUUAAAUCGCUAAGAAUCUGUUUAUACACUAGAGAAAUUGCUAAACUCCUAAAACUGCCUAAAACUUGACCUUUAAAGUGACAAUUUAAAGUUCACCUUACUCUGUAACAGGGCUGGCUAUUCAGAUGAUGAAUUAAGGGAAAUUUAAAUGCAGUGGAAGAGCAGACAUGAGGAAACUUCAAAAUUACCAAAAAAAGGGGGGGGAGGGGGAGCAAGACAAAAUGCCAUGUGCCAAUACUUUUCAAGGUGCCUUUGUAAAGGAAAUUCUAGCCACUUAAUUACUAUAAUAUAUGAGACUUUAUGAAAAGCACUUUAUGAAAUUCUAAUUUAAAAGCUCAAGAAUUUAACACUUAUUUUUUUAUUCAGUAAAAUGUGCCUUUAUAUUAAGUAUGUGAUUCAGUAUAAAAUCACUGAACUAUAUCAUGAUUUGAUUGUAUCCUGUACCAAGACUACUUACGUGAAUGCACCAGGAUUUAAAAAUAGUAGUGACAUGUUCUCACUCUAAAAUAAACUUUUUUUUGAGGAAAACAAUAUACAGUUUUGGUAUAAAAAUAUUUCCCAGGGAAGAACUGCUUCUAUCUAAGAGCUCCUUUCACAUACACUGGCUGAAACCAGGGCUCAAAUCAGUUAAGAGUCUGUCAAUGUCCUGGAAUUAGACCAUGCCCUUGCUCUCGUGGUUCUUAGUGCUAUUCACCCUUCAACAGUGGUCUUUUUUUUUUUUUUUUACACUCACAUUGACAUCUAUUUCAUGUUACCUAGUACAUAAAAUACUACCUUUACUCCAAGUGGUAGAUAUUUCCUAUUGUUUUAUUAAAUUUUUAUUACAACCCACCAUUUUAAACAUAUUCAAGAAAGUAGUAACUGGUUUUUUAAACCACCUUAAGCAGGGAGGGGGGAAAAGUAAAACCCCCCCUUAGAGUUAGGCUAAGUAGAUAUGUAUGUAUGGGGGAAGGAUGACAGGUAGCAGAGUGGAGGAGUGAGGUUUCAUCCUGCCUAUUUUUAAUAAGGAGUAAACAGCCCUGUGAAAUGUACUUUCUCUAUAUUAUAGAAUAAACAAUAGUAUGCAAUUCA